GGAGGACUUCCACCCCCAAGGUAUAAACAACAGGAAAUACCCGACACAUCAUGCAUAGAUUUUCACGUGUUUCGGAGGCCGUCACAUCCUCAUAGACCGUGAGCAGCGUCCUACCAUCUUUCAUUAGAUCACAUUCGCCAAACCAGUAAACGGGAAAUCAGCCACUUCAUUACCACCUCUCCCUGCAAUUCUCAGCCCUCAAGUCACUUGCUGAAGAUGUGUCCAAAUAAAUUAGAUUGCAAGGAGACUGUGCCCCAAGAACAAAGCAGGAGAAGGUUGGAAAUGCCAGCCGGGGCUAUGACAGAACAAAGAUGCCGUACACCCUCAAUCCGUGAUCUGGAGAAUGUGCUCUACUUAAGAAAUAAUACUUUCAGCCAUGUGGACGAGAUUGUGCCAAAUCUCUAUCUAGGAGACUCGUUUGUUGCAAGACACAAGCAUUAUCUCCAUAGCCUUGGUAUCACCCAUAUCCUGAAUGCAGCACAUGGACAGUGCGGUGUCAAUGUAAAAGCAGGAUUCUAUGCAGAUAUUCCAAUAUGCUAUUAUGGCAUAAAGGGUAUUGACGAUCCUUCUUUUAACCUUAGUGUCUUCUUUAAUUCAACAGCAAACUUCAUAAAGGAAGGAUUAGACAGCCCACAGGGUAAAGUAUUAGUUCAUUGCGCUAUGGGAAUAAGCCGGUCAUCCACUCUAGUCAUUGCGUUCCUCAUGAUCCACAGGAGAUUGUCUGUUAUGGAUGCCAUCAAACUUGUAGUCGAAAAAAGGUACAUCCGACCGAACAAUGGCUUUCUCGCCCAGCUUAUUCAACUGGACAAGCGGUUAAGACAAAGCAGAGUUUAGAACAAGCUGUAGCUAAAACGCUAUCCACCAUCUGUCUUUAAUCACAUCUUUUCAUCCACAAGGCAGGACUGGGCAUUAGCUUUUCCAAGUAAAAAAUAUAGGACCAAUA